AUGGAAACUCUAGACAUAAAAAUAUUGUAUGGAAGUGAAACUGGAACUGCUCAAGAUACCGCUGAAGGACUUUGGAAAUUAAUUAAGAGAUAUAAAUUAAAUUGUUCAGUUAUGUGUAUGGACGAUUAUAAUAUUGAAAAUUUAAUAACUGAAAAAUUAAUAAUAUUUAUUACAAGUACAACCGGUCAAGGAGAAUGUCCAUCAAAUAUGAAAAAAUUUUGGCGUUUUUUAUUGCAAAAAAAAUUACCAAAAAAUUUAUUAAUAAAUUUUAAGUAUGCUGUACUUGGAUUAGGUGAUAGUUCAUAUGAAAAAUACAAUUAUGCUGCUAAAAAAUUACACAAAAGAUUAUUACAAUUGGGUGGUACAUCAAUAAUAUCUAUUGGUUUAGCUGAUGAUCAACAUGAUUUAGGAAUAGAUGCAGCUAUUGAUCCAUGGAUACAAAAAUUGUUUAAUCAAAUUGGUGAAUUAUACAAUAUAACAUUGUUAAAAUCAAUAAAAUCAUCAUUUAAAUUCUAUAAUAAUAAUAAUGAUGAUGAUGAUGAUGAUACAUUUAAUAUAGAGGAGCGUUAUGAUGUUACAAUAUUAUCCAAUGAUGAUGAUGAUGAUAAUAAUAAAUAUUAUUUAGAUAAUAUAUAUAUGAAAGAAGUUGGUAUUAAUGAAAAUUUAAAAGUAUGUAAAGUUAUUGACAAUAUUAAAUUAACAGCACAAGAUCAUUAUCAAGAUGUUAGAUUAAUAAAAUUAUUAUUUAAUAAUGAUAAUAAUAUCGAUUAUGAGCCAGGUGAUGUUAUUUAUUUAAGACCAGAAAAUUCAUUACAACAAAUAGAUAAUUUUUUCGAAUUACUUAAACAACAUAAUAUUCCAAUUAAUAAAAAUACAAUUAUUAAAUUAAAUAAGAAAGAAAUAAAAAUACCAUAUAUUUUAGAAGAACCAGUAAAACUUGAACAACUUGUUAAAUAUUAUUGGGAUUUAAAUUAUAUUCCAAGAAGAUCAACAAUGUAUAUAUUAGCUUCUAUAAGUGAUAAUAAAUUGGAAAAAGAUAAAUUAAUCGAAUUUACAACAGCUGAUGGACAAGAAGAAUUAUUUAAUUAUGUUAACCGACCAAGAAGAAAUAUUAUUGAAGUAUUGAAUGAUUUUCCAAAUACUGCUAAAAAAUUAAAUGAAAAAAUAUUAUUUGAAAUAAUGUCACCAAUAAAACAACGGGCUUUUAGUAUUGCCUCAAGUAAUAAAUAUACAAAAAAUCAAAUAGAUUUAUUGGUAGCUGUUGUUAAAUAUAAAACAAAUCUUAUUACACCACGUUUUGGUUUAUGUUCUAAUUGGUUAGCCUCAUUAAAAAUAAAUAAUAAUAAUAAUAAUAAAAUAAUAUGUUGGUUACAAAAAGGUACUUUCAAAUUUGAUUAUGAUAAACCAAUGAUUUUAAUUGGUCCGGGUACUGGACUUGCUCCAUUUAGAUCAUUAUUACUUGAAAGAUUGGCUUUGAAACAUGAUUUUACCGAUACUGUUUUAUUUUUUGGAUGUCGGUAUAAAGAUAAAGAUAAUCAUUGUCGUAAUGAUAUUGAAAAAUUAAUAUAUAAUAAUAAUAAUAAUAAUAAUUUAAAAGUCUUUUUUGCUUUUUCUCGAGAUCAGGAAAACAAAAUAUAUGUUCAACACAUAAUACGUGAGCAAGGUAAAUUAUGCUGGGAAUUAUUGUCAAAAGGUGGAAAAAUUUAUCUGUCAGGAAGCUCUAAAAAUAUGCCAAAGGAUGUAAGAGAUGAAUUUAUUGAUUUAUCAAAAAAAUUUGGUAAUUUUAGUGAUACUCAAGCCGAAGAGUUUAUUAAACAACUUGAAAAAACUGGACGAUAUCAAACUGAGACAUGGGCAUGAAUUUUUAUUUUACAUUCACUUUUAUUUAUUUAUUAAAAAAAUAUAAAUUAACAACUCACUAUUAAUAAAUAGAUAAUGUACAGUACAAACAAUAGAUGGUUUUUUUAAAAAGUAUAAUUAUAGAAAUAAAAUUUCUUGUAUUUAU